GUGCGCGCGCGGCCCGGCGCCGCCGCCGCGCUGCGCUGCCGCGUGCUGCGCCUCGCCGACAGAGCGGUGUCGUGGAUCCGCUCCAGCGACCUGCAAAUCCUGACGCACGCGGGCGCCGUCUUCACCGCGGACUCGCGGGUGUCCGCCAUCACUGGUGCGGCGGCGGAGCGUGGCGCCGGCGACAGCACGGUGCACACGCUAUACAUCGAGAGGCUGCGCGCCGCCGACUCCGGCCGCUACGAGUGCCAGAUCAACACCGAACCCAAAAUGAGCCUCUUCUUCAACCUAACCGUUUCCGAGGUGCGGGGCGGCGGCGUGUCGGUGCGCGCGCUGGGCCCGCGCGCGGUGCGAAGCGCGGCGGGCGGCGCGGCGGCGCUGGCGUGCGAGGCGCGCUACUUGCGCCCCGAGCCGGACCUGCCGCCUCUCAGGAUCCGCUGGUACCACGCCGGCCGCUUGCUGGACGACCAGAGUCCGCCGGGCGGCGUGGCGCUGUCGGCGGAGCGCUGGGCGGGAGGGGCGCGCUCGCGGCUGUCGCUGGGCGCAGUGCGGCGCCGGCACGCGGGCGAGUGGACGUGUCGCGCGGGCGACGCCGCAGACACGCUCACGCUCGCACUGGCGCCGCGCGGCCCCGCAGAUGAGAUGGAGGCCAUGCAGCACGACCAAGCGGAGGGCCGCGUCAGUAGCGCCGCGCCGCUCGUCGCCCCGCUCGCCGCUCCGCUCGCCGCCGCGCUGCUGGCAAUGCUGGUCACGUGACGUCACGCCUGUCUCCGUAUAAAACAUCUUCUGUAUAUUUAGCCGUGUAUAUAAUGUAAUUUAUUAUGUUGUUAAGCCAAUGUAAAUAAACGUCUAUAAUAAGUACGAAAAUAUUAUUAAAACAU